UCGCACUCAGAGCAGCUCCUUCGGCUGGGCAGUCGGCGAGGGGCUGCGCCUGCGCAGACAAAACGAGCGGGAGGAGGCUGUUUGGCGCUUGCGCACAGCGAUUGGGAGAGGCCAGGCGGAGACCAAGAUGGCGGCCUAAGGCUGCGGCCGCCAACGCCACCGAGUGUGAGCGACGUCGCCGCCGCCAUGGCCCGGCACAGGAACGUCCGAGGCUAUAACUACGACGAAGAUUUUGAAGAUGAUGAUCUUUAUGGCCAAUCAGUAGAAGAUGAUUGUUGUAUUUCCCCUUCAACAGCUGCUCAGUUUAUUUACUCAAGACGUGACAAACCCUCAGCAUUUGCUGAGCGAUUAGAAGAAGAGUAUGGCUAUGAAGAUGCAGAAGAACCUGCCAAGAAUAUUACAUCCAAUCACCAGCUAACUGGAGUUGAUCAAGCUCGUCUUUAUUCGUGCCUUGACCAGAUGAGAGAAGUGCUGGGGGAAACUGCACCAGAGCAGGUGAUGGUGGAAGCAGUGUUGAAUAGUAAAUUUGAUGUACAGAAGGCUUUGGAUCUUGUGCUUGCACAAGACAGUAAGCAAAAUGUGAAGACCAAGAAUGAAGAAGCUGUGAUUACAGGAAAGACAACAAAAGGAGAUUUACUUUGUUCAGAAACUUUUACUUAUUCAGAGAACUUGUCUUACUUAAUAGAAAACUCUUCAGCAAACACCAACAUGUCUGAGCUCAGUAGCCUGACAGUCAAAACUAAAUCACCUAGUUACUUUUCAACUUUAAGUGACAAAACACUCUUCAAAGCUAAACAUUCUAAUAUAUCCUCAAUAGAAAAGAAAAUAUCUGAAUCUUCUAAUAAAUCUUCAGGAGUUCUAUAUUCUUCCCUCAGUAAUGAUAUGUAUGAAGAAUCAUGUUAUGAAUCUGUCAAUAAACAUGUAGCAGUACGACUACCAGACAAUACCAGCACAGUAAGUUUGAUUUCCAGCAAUGAAGGCAAAAUUUGCUUGUGUGUAGGUGCUGAAUUAUUGGAAGCUAGUCAAUCUGAAAAUCCUGCCUGGAAGCAGUUGGAGUGCAAGGAAUCACAAGACUUGAAAUCUUUGCUGAUGCAGAAUAUAACUAAUGAUUAUUUGAGCCUCCAAGACAGGGGACUGCUUGGGGCCCAAAAUUCUUCAGAUCAUAAUAGUAAAGGAAGUAUGGAUAGUAGUCUUGGCUUAAUGAGUGCUGUAGGGAAACUGGCACUUGAUAAUGAUAUAAACUGUACUCAGAAUAGAAAGACUGAGCAUUUUGAAAAUUUUCCUUCAUUUCUACAAAGUACCAGGCAAGACAUCUCAUCUUCAGAAAUGGGUAGUUUGCCAUUUUCAAAGUCUGGAGGUCCAUCACUGGCUGACCUACUUCAAGAGCACCAGGAAAGUAAUUCAAGCCACUGUUGUUCUUUGUCUGAUCUUUAUAACCAAUCAUCUAUGAGUUUUAUAGAUUUGAAAUUGGGAUCCUCGCCAUUGUCACAACUAGCUGGUCAACAUCAAGCUGCAACUGGGCUGUCAGAAUUAACUGGAUCUCUGUCUUCUCUGGCAUUGUCUCAGGCUUCUCCAGUAAGAGAACUUGAGAAUUUGUCACUUUCAGAUUUAAUUGCAGAAACCAUUGAAGUAGAUAAGCCUCAAGAAGUAAAAGACUGUUCGAGGUUCAGUAUAGCUGAAAUGUGGCCUUCUGCAGGAGUAAACACAAACAUUGACUUAAGUGUCCUUAUAAAAAAUCCAGAAGUAUCUGCAGAAGCAGUAGUACGCCAGUCAAAUACCAUUGUCCCAGAAACUAAAGUUUUAAGUUCAAAGCAAGGAAAAAAUAUUAUUUUAGUUAAAGGAAAUAAAAAAGGCAAAAAAGGACGUAUUUCUAAGCGCCAGGAUCUCUCUCUCUCAUGGAUGAAGGCUCUCUGUGCCAGACCGUCAGCUUUUGCUUUAACUUUGUGUCUCCGUUAUCCUCCAAAAGGAUAUAAACGGCGCACAAUUGAUAUCCAUAAGACUUUCCUAUACAGUCGGCAAGUACAAGAAGUAAAAAAUAAGGAAAGUGACCCUUUAAUAUCAAUAACACCAUUUGACUUUAAAUCAGCAUCUCCUGAUGACAUUGUAAAAGCUGGACAAAAAAGAGCCUUUACGAGAGAAUAGUGUAAAGUAGGGGAAAGAAAUAGUAUUUGUCCUUCAGAGCCUUUUUAAAUGAUUUUAUAAAUUUUGUAUGGUGUGACUUUAUGACCCAGAAUUCACAUUCUGUAUUUUUUAAUUAUACAUUUGAUAAUUCUCAACAAAUAGUUGAUCAAAAAAUUAUGUGAACUUUUAAACUACUGCACUGAGUGUCUGUAUUUUUAUUUUUUGCAUACUUUUCAUUAAGAUACAAUAUUUUAAUUUUCACAAAGUCUUAAUCUUUAAUACGUAGGAAUUGCACAUAUAUAGAAUACUACUGUACAAAAGUACGUUUCUAAAUAAGAAAAAAUAGACUUAAUUUGAAAAAAAAAAAAAAAAAUCCUAGAUUUACCAUUCUAUUUUACUGUUUGGUUAUAUUGCAGAACAAAACCUAAAAUAGAUAUUGCUCUGGAUUAAUUUGAUUAGAUAUACUUAAAUUUAAAGAUUAAAGUUUCUGGUACGUUACGUAAUUAAACUGUUUUGUGGCAUGGUUUAAUUUCCAACUGUUGCUAAUUUCAUUCUCAAUUUCAUUAUUCUUUUAUAUACUUUGGUCAUAGUGAUGUCACUAAUCUUAGAAAAUUAUCUUAUGUUCUCAAAAGCUCCAGUCAUUUAAAAGAAAUAACCCCAGAAAAAUCAGUCAUUGACCACUAUACCUGAUAAGCCAUUUGCUAGCUUUUUGGUGGGACCAGACUUUUUUAUGACAGCAAAGUACUAUAACUUAAGGUUACAGUUUUUAUAUCUGUUCAAAACAUCCAAGUGUUAAAACUGGGCAUUUAAGGAUAUUGGAAAACAAUUGUGUGCAUAGUAUAUAUUUCAUCAAAAUUUUUCCAGUUGGAAUCCAUCACCUAUUUUAAGUCUGUUUGAAGUGUGUUGGAAGAAAAACGUUCCUUUUUUCCCCUUUGUCAUUAGUCAUGCCUAGUGAAAAGGCAAUGACAAGCUAUAGGUGCUGUUUCUCCUUUUAGGAAAAAGUUGCCUUUAGUAAUGGAAAUGUGUAAUUUUUGCAUUCUCUUUUCUUGCUGGAGCCAGUGCUCGUUAUUUCGAGUCUGAAUAUGUGAGGCCAAAAGUAAGGUCUUGAACUUCAUUUCUUAUCUAAUAGUCAUUGGACUCUGAUACUGUCUAUAGGUAGUCCUACCUUUACACAGGUGUUUGUGUUUGUCAAAUAGUAGUAGUUUUUCACUUGGAUCCAUGGACUACCAGUCAGUAUUUUCAACAGUCAAUCUGCAAUAUAUGCUAUACAAGUACUAUUAUUACUAGAAAAAUAAGCUUGUUUAUAGUUUACCAUAACUUUAUUCAGAUAGAACCAGGAAACUGUUAUGAAAUAAUGGGUUAAAUCUUAAUGGUGGAGCUUUAAUAAGUUGAUUUUAUAAAAAAGAAACCUUAAUAUUUAGAAUUGUUCCUAGCUUUAAGUAGUAAUGUCAGUUUAGUUAUAAAAAUGUAUUUGAAAGCACUGGAAUGCAGGUUUCAUUUACUAUACAUUAAUUUGUUUAGCUGGUAGACAUUUGUAAAUUGUCACUAUUUAGGGAAUUCUUCAAACAUAUGAGGA